ACACUAAAAUUAACGACUGCCUACCUUGAGUUAAUUUUUAAUUGAAACUUGUGAAAAUUUUCUAGAUAGGUUGUAUUUAAAAUAAUUAAUCAGAACACCACAUUUACAAACAAUAAUUAUUUACAAUAUUUAGAUGAAAAUUUCUCUUUGUUAAUAAAUUUACUUUAUUUGUUUACCAAGUGAUUAAAAUGGAUAAAAAUUCAGUUAAUUACCAAUCAUGCAUCAAAUUAUGUGGCAUUCGUAUUGUUUCUCCUUUAAUGACUAGUAUAAAAAGACAAGAAAUGAAAAAAUACAAAGAAAGAGCUAUGACAUUAGAACAUAAAUUAAAAGGUAAAAGAGUUAGCAUGGAUAGUGGUGUAAUGACUGCAAGUGCAGAACUGCAAAAAAUUGAAAAUUUAGAAUCACCAACCAUUUAUAACAAUGAACUCAACAUUUAUGAAAAACAAAAUAAUAAAUCAAAUAAUUCUCUUAACCUAUAUCCAGAAGAAAUAAAUACUUCUAAAACACCACUUGAAUAUUCAGUUAACAAAAAUCAUACUUUAAGUUGUGAUCAGUCCGCUGUAGAAAGUCAGUGUAUUAAGUCUAAAGACAUUAGUAAUAAGGAAAAUAUUUUUGUAAAUUAUAUCUUCCAAGAUAAUUCUAAUAUUACUGAUUUAACUACUAGUGAAGAUGAUGUAUCAGUGAAAACUGAUACACCACGCAUAAGAAGUAGUUCAUAUACAUUAUCGUCUCCUAGCCCAAGUAUGGUUGCAUUUUUAAAUAGUCAAAUACAACAAAAUUUGAUAAAAUUUAAGUACUUAGAAAAAUAUCAUACUUCUAUUGAUUGUAAAUCUGAACCUCCUAGUAUAAGUAAAGAAAUAACUAAUGAAACAAAUAAUUUAACGAAAAGUUCCUCAUUAUGCUCAGUUUCUAAAGUUAUGGACAAUGAAGUAUUUAUUCAAAAUUUGGACAAACUUCGAAAAAAUUCUACUUUUUGUGAGACAUUAGAUGUUUUAAAGAAUGAUGAUAAAAUACAAGUUCAUGGUGUAAACACUAAAUCAAUGCAUGGAGUAAAUUUGAGUGAUGAUGAGAGUAUCGUGGCUAGUGCCGUGACUGUACUUAAUGGGAAUGACUUUGAAAAUGAUAGUAAUACUAAUUCUAUGAUAAGACAAUGCUGUUGUAAGCAUAGUGAUGAUGAGUUUUCUUUAAAUAGUAUCAUGCAAUAUAAAACAUCUGAAGAGAUAAAAUUAGAAGCUGAACAAUUAAAAAAAGAAAAAUUGGAAAUAGAUAAUAGACAUCAAGAAGAAUUAUCAAAUUUAAUAAAAAAACAAAGAGAAGAACAGCAACAACUUGCUUUAAAGAUUUUUCUUAUUUCACAGAAUUCCUCAGGUAUAUCUCUAAAUCAAUCAGAAAAUUCUGAAAUUUGUCAAGAAUCAUACAAAAAUCCUUCAAUAACAUUGUCAGAAACAACUCUUACUAAUGACAAAAGUUUACUUUCAGAUACAUCAUCUAUUAUUUCUAAUUGUUCUAUAAACAGAAGUAGUAGGGCUUGCUCAUCUCCUAGGCAAAAUCCACCAAAUCGGUCACCAAGUUUGCUACAAAAUAUUAAAUUUUAUCAUAGGAUACGUAAUGGUACAAAUGCAAAAUGGUCAAAACCCCCUACUGAGGUAGAAAACUCUGCAGCAAUUGUUAUAAAUGCAGCUGUUCGUGGAUAUCUUACAAGGAGACUUUUAAAAACUGAAAAAGCUCAAAUGUUAAAAAAAACUAUUUUAGAUUCUUUAAAAACUGCUCUAAUUAUGCAUGUUGAAUUAAAAAAACAACAGCCAACUGAAUCUGAUCUUGAACUUCAUCAACGAAUCAUUAACCAGUUAACUGUUGCUUGCUAUGAUUUAAAUGAUUUGAUUUUGGGAUCUGUUCAUGAACGUAUGAGUAUUAUUCGUGGUGAUCGUGAACGUAUCAAAGCAAUAAAACAAAGACGAAAAUCUACUCCAUCAAUAAAUUAUAAAAUAACACCUACUUAUAAAAAGCCAAAAAAAUCAUCAUCUGGAUAUUCAUUAUCAAAAAUUAAUUCGGGACAUCUACUUGAAAAGAAACCUUAAAUAAGAAAUAAUAUAACUUAACACGACUAUUUCUUAAUAAUGACUUCUCACUAGUAAAUACUAAGUUAUUAAUGCAUUGCAUUGUUCACUUUAUUUCACUCAUUUUUUUGGUGUAGUUGAUUUUAUAAGUGAAACCAAAGAUUCUUUCCUCCUAUUGUCAUAAAAAUAAACACAUUAUGCACAUUUUAUGUUAUAUUGUUAAGCAAAUAUUAGAAGAUAAUUAUAAAAUUGUAUUAUUAUUUUUAUGAUUGUUUCUAUUAAGUUUUGUAAUUAUAAAUAUUUUCAUGUAAUAAUUAUAACUAUUUUGUAUUAUUAAAUUAAAUCAAACUGUU